UUCAGGAAACCAGCUUAAUGGUGGUAUGGAUUACUACUUCCAAGAUGGAACCACCAAAACACCAGCAGCCUUCCUGAAUGAGCUUAAACCUGUAUUGGGGAAUGUCCUGAUACGUAUUCGUCUAGUUUUUAAGAACUUGACCAGAGUACCUAGUGAGGCUGAUGUUCUCAAUGCUGCUAAUGCUCUGCUGGACUCAAAGAUUCGAAGAAGACGAUCACUUGUAAUACAAACACUGAGUGAUCCUGUGAGCAUACAGAAUGUCAUCUAUGAAAAAAUUGGCAACAACUCCUACAUUAUAAGCUUUGCAUUUCAAAUCACCAAUGUGACCAUCUCCAAGGACCUUCAGCUGAGGAACGGAACAUAUGAUUUAAUUCAAAACACCAUCAACAGCCUGCUGAACACUAUUCUGAAUGUGAAAGAUGCUCCUGCAUUUGUCUUUCCACAAGCAAACUACACGUUUAAUGGUACAGCAAUUGAGGCUAAUUUCGAAUACAUCUUUGUGGAAGGUGAAACCAAGUGGACACCAAGUGGAUUUCUUUCUGCAAAUCUCAACAUUAGUGAGUUGUCGACCUUCACCACUCCUGCUGCUCAAACCGAAUCCACUGUCCAUGUAGUCCUGAGGCCCACCACUCUUGUUGUGGUUCAGACCAGGAUGCUCUUCAAUUCCUCCUGUCCUGUUCCCAGUGAGAGUUUGGUCCUCAGAGCAAUCCAGACUCUUCUCAGUGCUCAACUCACAAACCUCACUGACUCUGUAAACAGGCUGAACUUCACCUAUGAGAAAAUUUCAGAGACCUCCUAUGCAGUCUUCUUCACAUUGAGCAUCAGUAACAUCAGCAUGUCUAAGAACGCUGAACUCAGGAACGACACCUACACCCAAGUGGAGAACAUCAUCAAUAACGCUCUAAACACACUUCUAAAUGACGCUGGUGCAGCACCAUUUGAACCCCAGAGCUCUUUCUUCACGAGUUCAGGAAACCAGGUUAAUGGUGAUAUGGAGUACUACUUCCAAGAUGGAGACACCAAAACACCAGCAGCCUUCCUGGAUGAGCUAACACCUGUAUUGGGGAAUGUCCUGAUACGUAUUCGUCUAGUUUUUAAGAACUUGACUAGAGUACCUAGUGAGGCUGAUGUUCUCAAUGCUGCUAAUGCUCUGCUGGACUCAAAGAUCAGAAGAGCACAAUGUCUUAUCACAGCAAACCAGCAACUCCAUUUCCAGGAAUGCACCGCCAACUAGAAACAUGGUCGAAGAUGACUACACUUCCCACGCACACACGCAUGCAUGCAUGCACGCACCCACCCACACACACACACACCCACACACACACCCACACACACCCAAACACGCUUCACCUUCCCCAGAGUUCUAAUCACACACACCUGUUGCCAAUCUCACGCACACUCACGCCAUACUAUAUGAGAGACUAUUUGGACACUUUGUAUUUGUGAAGUGUACGCUCAGUUCCCUAGUGUCUCUGUCUAUUCAAAGUCUUAUUGUUGUGUUUGUUUAAUCUGGUUUUGACUUUGUUCUCAUUAAUGACCUUGUCACUCCCCCUAGUCUUGUUUGGACUGUUCGCAUGAUCACCUGACCUCUGCCUGUCUAUGGUUGUUGACUUCUCUCUUAUCCUUUGGACUUGUUGUUUUUUGAUUAAACUACCAAUCCUG